GUUAGUAUCAAAUUUCAUAAAAUUCUAAAACAGUAUUUAAAUCAAUAUGAUCAAGUUUUAUUUGAAUUUAUUAAUUUAGAAUAAUGGAGCAUUCAGAAGAGGAUACAUCUAGCGAGAUUUCUCCGGCUGUUGUUGAAAUUCUUAAAAAAUUUUUGGAUGCAAAAUAUGGCCACCAGAAAUAUAACUAUCAAAUUAAAGGAGCUGCUAAAAAAGGUGACAACUAUAUGGGAGUAGUUUACCGUGUAACAAUUAAAACGCACAAUGAUAAUGCUAAUAAGCAAAGUGUAAUACUUAAAGUUCCUCCCUCAAAUCUACUACAACGAAACCAGUUUUUUGCUAGAGCCGGUUUUUUAAGAGAAGCUUUAGCAUACGAAAAGUUUCUUCCGUUAGUUGAGGACUUUCAAAAAUCAAAGGGUCUGGAUGUAAGCGAUCGUUUUUUUGAAUACCCUCAAUGUUACUUCACGUCAACAGAGGAAUUCGACGAAACCAUUUGUAUGAAUGAUUUGCAAGUUGAAGGGUUUUUUAUGCAUAAUCGAUUUGAGCCUCUUACACUUGAUCAUGUCGUCUAUAUAAUGGGAAUUUAUGCUAAAUUGCAUGCAACGUCACUAGCUAUGAAAGAUCAAAUACCAGAAAAAAUUAAUAGUUUCAAAAAUAUCUCAGAUAUAUUUGAACAACGCAAAAAUGAUGUUCAGUUAAAUGAUUACUUCGAAAGCCUAAAGCGAAGUGCUUUAGAGAGUAUAGACAAGGAACAUGAACAAGCUUAUUGGGACAAAUUGAAUGAGUAUUUUAAUAGUGGCACAUUUUAUGAGUUGAUGUUAACCCUAUUGGAUUCCAACACAAGUGAACCGUAUUCUGUAAUAUGUCACGGAGAUUGUUGGAUAAAUAACGUUAUGUUUAAACAGGAGAAUGGUAAAGUUGUUGAUGCCCGCCUCAUUGACUGGCAGAUAAUGCGUUACUCUUCACCAAUUAUCGAUAUCAUGUACUUUUUAAUGUCAAGCACUACCAGAGAAUUUCGAAAACAACAUUUUCAACAAGUUCUGCAUGGUUAUCACUGUGCUGUUCAGGAACACAUCAAAAAAUUGGAUUCGGAUCCAGAAAAACUUUAUUCUUGCUCUGCUUUUAACAGAGAAUUUAAGAAGAAAGGUGCCAUUGGUCUUCUCUUUGGUAUGAUUGUUCUACCCAUACUUACAACCAAAAGCGAAGAUGUACCAGAUUUGGAAAAACUAAGUGAAAAGGUUUCCGCUGGCCAUUCUACUGAUGCAAUGGAAGCUGGCUUUGUUGGUGCAAAGUCUAUACUAUUUAAUGAAAGAUUACGUGGUAUAAUUAUGGAUUCCAUUGAUUGGAAUUUGAUUUAAAUUGUGUAGUUUUAAAAUAUUAUUAUGUAGUCAUAAUUUCUAAGCACUUACCUUUAUA